AUGUCAUUAGGAAUAAGAUAAUUGUCAGGUUCAAAACUAAAAUUUGAUGCUGAUUAUUAUAAAAAUAUACUACAGCAACUAGAAAGGAAAAGACCUGGGUCUGGAUAACCUCUUUUGACAGUAACUUCCCCAUAACCUCCUAGAAAACCAGUUUAUUCUGGGAAGUUAAAAAAUAUUAUACUACCCUCAGAAAAUAUUAAUUAACAUCAUCGUAUUAUUAAAUCAGGCAAUAGUUAAUACAGUUAAUAAUAACUAACUCCCUCAGUUACUCAAUCCCAAUUAUUAGGAAUCGUAACAAUAUUUAUAAUCAGCUUUCAUAGGUAAGUCCACUUAAAGCAAAUAAGCCUCCAUUAUAAUUUGAUAAAAAACUUCUUUUGCCUAAAUAGAAUGCUUCGCCUCAGAUUUAAAUAAAAAGUUCCUAAGUGCUGAAUCAAAUCUCAACAGGAGAGAAAAGAUUAAUUUAAAAUUCAAUAGAAAAACCAGGCAUUUUAACAAGUCCUGGUUAAAAUAAUAAAUAAUUUACAUGGAAUAAUUAGAUAGAACUUAUAGUGACCUAAUCAGAUAUCGAAAAUGUAAAUAUUUCAAUAUAGCAAGAAAAGAAGGCAAAUAUCUAAUGAGAAAUUAAAAUAGUUACCAAAAAAGUAGUUUUAACAAUAACCUAUUGAUUAAAAGAGACUGACCUAGCCUAUAUCCUAAUAAAUGCAAUCUCACAUUGUAAUUUCUAAACCAAAACAAAUAAUGUAAACACAAUAGAUAAAAAAGAAAUAAACAUUUAAUCCAAAAUAGUCGAAUAUUAAUAUAUAAUCUCUAUCAUAGUUUUAGGGCAGCCAACCUAAAUGCUUUAGUGAUUUUACAAUGACUUCCGGAAGAAAUGAUCUUCAAUAGCUCUUUACAUCCAUGCAAUUGCAGUUUAAGGAAGCUUUUCAAUAAGCUGAAUAACAUCAGAAUUUAAACAUGAGUGGUAAAGUAUUCCACUUAAUUUUCAAAUAGAAAUAUAAGAACAAUCAGAUGAUGCCAAUUCAUCACUGGCCUAAAGUACUUUAUGCUAAUUUUAAAAGUGA